AGGUAUUGGAGAAGUGCAGUGGGCGACUGCAUAGACAGACUGUGCACGCUGCGGCACACUAAAGGCCUGGACAGCAGCCAGUCGUGACUUUUUGCCUGGCGACAUAAACACGCACCCCACCGCGUCAGGGUUGCGUUUGGAGGCGCGCCCUCCUGGCAACAGCUGCAAGUUGGUGCCAGCAGGUGCAAGACCUGACUUGAGCGCAGGUUUACCCUGUGCAUCUAUCUAUCUAUCUAUCUAUCUAUCUAUCUAUCAGGCACUCCCAUAAACAUCUUCGUUGUUUCCACACCAAAAGUGAUUCAGUCUAAUAAACUCAAACACACAAGUGUCACAAGUGUGUGAGAGCGGGUCAGGAUGCAGGUCUCAUUCGCUUGUACGGAGCACAAUCUGAAGAGCCGCAGCGAGGACCGGCUGUGCGGCCUGCGAACUGCCCCUCCACCAGGGGGCAGCAGCAGCGGAGGAGGAGGAGGUGGAGGUGGAGGAGAAAGAGGGAGCGGACAGGGCGGAAAUGGCAACUACGCCCCUCAGAGCUCGGUCAAAACACGGGACGUGGUGGGGUCCCGACCCCUGCCUCAAGGCCACGCCCACAUGAAGGAGGCUAUUGGACGACACAGUAGCAUGAAAUACAGAAAUCUUGGAAAGUCGGGACUACGUGUUUCUUGCUUGGGUCUUGGUACCUGGGUGACGUUUGGAUCUCAGAUCUCCGAUGAGAUGGCGGAGAGUUUGAUGACGAUAGCCUAUGAGAAUGGAGUAAAUCUGUUCGACACGGCAGAAGUGUACGCUUCAGGCAGGGCUGAAAUCACUCUAGGGAAUAUCAUCAAAAAGAAAGGCUGGAGACGGUCCAGUUAUGUAGUAACGACUAAGAUCUACUGGGGAGGACAGGCAGAGACAGAGAGAGGCCUGUCCAGAAAACACAUCAUAGAAGGUCUCAGAGGUUCCCUGUCUAGACUACAGCUGGAUUACGUGGAUAUUGUCUUUGCCAACCGAAACGAUGUGAACAGCCCUAUGGAAGAGGUAGUACGUGCGAUGACAUUUGUUAUAAACCAGGGUAUGGCCAUGUACUGGGGCACGUCACGCUGGAGUGCCAUGGAGAUCAUGGAGGCAUACUCUGUAGCGAGGCAGUUUAAUUUAAUUCCACCGGUAUGUGAGCAGGCCGAGUAUCACUAUUUCCAGAGGGAUAAAGUCGAGGUGCAGCUGCCAGAGCUCUACCACAAGAUCGGUGUCGGCGCGAUGACCUGGUCUCCUCUCGCAUGUGGGCUGAUCACUGGAAAAUACAGUGAUGGUGUUCCAGACUGUUCAAGAGCCGGGAUCAAAGGCUAUCAGUGGCUAAAGGAGCGAGUGUACAGUGAAGAAGGGCGCAGACAGCUGGCAAAAAUCAAAGAGCUCCACCUGGUGGCUGACAGGCUGGGCUGCACAGCUGCUCAGCUCGCGAUUGCAUGGUGUUUGCGUAGCGAAGGGGUCAGUUCUGUACUUCUUGGUGUCUCCAAUACAGACCAGCUUCUUGAGAACCUUGGAGCCCUGCGGGUGCUGUCUCAGAUGACGCCUCAGACUGUGAGUGAGAUAGAUGCUCUCCUGGGCAACAAGCCUCACUCCAAGAAAGAGUCACGUGCGUGAGGGAACCAGAACAUGUGCGGCCAGAAAAGACAAAGAAAGCAAGGGGGAAAAGAUGGAACACGGCGUACCAUCACUUUUCUGCUCUCCCGUAUAUUACAACACCUGCAUGCCUUCUGCAACAUGCUUCCAGCCCAUACCGCACUGCUCUCUGUAACCCUACUCAAGUACCAUAACCUACGAAUUAAACACGGAAACGGCUGUCUGCAACAUCACAGAAAUGCAACGAACAACAGCUGUUAUCAUUUCUUUACUCUGAGAGACUGAAGUUUCAGUCUUCCAUGAGGAAGUACUGUGGAUUGUAGGAGGAGAAUGAAAUGAAAGUGGCAAAAAGCUUGUUUAUUAGCAGGCCCAGACGGAAUCUGCAGACUUUCAUGCCGUUUCCGCUGUAGACUUCCACUGUUUCCACUGCCGAAUUUCCAUUGCCAAAUUCUGUGAAAUGGAUCAAAUGGGAUAAAACUGGAGCUAAGAGUGGUAUAUUCUUAUUGGCAGCUGAAAGCAUUGUCGAAUUUGCCAAAAUAUUUAUUAAACCAACAUGCACGGGGCAAAUGAUGUGUAGGACUUUGCAAAAUCUGUGCAGAUUCCUCAUGGGCCUGGCUGUGCGGGUAUGUGUUCAAGGAAGUACGAAUACGUGUGCAUGCAGUGCCACUUUGAAUGAAACUCUCCGUUGCUGGUGUUGUACCUGAGUGACUCGGAAAACGGAUGCUGUGUGACGCCAAGCGAAGAUGUUUCUGAGAGCUGCCCGUCCCGUUUGUUGGAGUGUUCACUGCCUGUCACAUUUCAUUCUCGCUGUGCAGGAGAGCGUGGCAAACACUCCGGCGUGUGACAGGAACAACAUGCAGCAACUGCAAACAGCUGUUUGGACACAUCACAAGUCUUCCUCCAUUUCCCUCCUUUCCAUCUCUCAUUGUGUUUACAAUGGUGCACCUGUCCCUUUAAGAGAAUUUGUGCAGUUAGGGGAGUGGCGUGUGAGUGUGUAUAUGGUACCUUGCAAAUAUAUUCAGACCCUCACCAAUUUUUAACCCUCGACUUUUU